AUGGAUUUGACUUCUCAAGAUUCAUUGCAACUACCUAAGGAAGCUGUUGAGGUCAAUGACAAGGUUGUUUUAAAGGAGCAAAAGGAGGGGUUUCCUGCUUAUGGUUCAAUGGUUGAUCCGUUCCUAGUUGAGGCUCUUCAAAACCCUCGUCAUCGAUUAACUAUUCUGCGAAUGGAACUAGAUGUACAAAAGUUCUUGCAGAGUUCUGGCAUACAUCAGUUCGAGUUUCCACACUUCCCUACGUCAUACCUUCGUCUUGCUGCACAUCGUGUUGCUCAACUCUAUGGUCUGCAGACUAUGGUUCAGGACAAUCCUGUAGACGGUCAGGGAACCCGGAUUUUGGUUUUAAAGAAGCCAGAAAGUAAGUUCCCUGCUAUCCGUUUAUCAGAUGUACCAGCUGGACAGUCUGAAACUGACAAACUUGGUCAAAUCAAGAUUGUCUUAAAACCGAGGUCUUCUAAAGCUUCCUCCAAUGAUGUCAAUGGACUGGGGCUUAAACGAAGUCCUGUAAGAACAGUGGAAGAGAGGAAGGAGGAAUAUGACAGAGCUCGAGCUCGUAUAUUCAGCAGUCCAAGUAGUUCCGAAUCAGAAGAUACGUCAGUUGAUGGUGAGAAAAGUCUGAGCAGCAGGGAGAUUGGUGUUUCUUCAAGAGUAGCCAUUUUCAGGGACAGGGAGAAGGAUCGCACUGACCCUGAUUAUGAUAGAAGUUAUGAAAGAUAUGUUAAGAACUUACCGAGCAUUCAAAGUUUCAAUGUAGCACCUAUUAAUGCUCCGAAAUUCCCACCUCCAUUUGUGCAAUAUGACUCUGUUAUUCCUCAGCUGGGUCAGAUGCCUAUGGCUCAAGCUUCCAUCAAUUACAAGAGCCCUGUUAUGAGCCCUUACCAUGCAGUGGGAUUGAAUCAGACUUCUAGGGGUGCUUUGUACAUGCAGUGGCCUACCCAGUCGAUGAUGUAUGCAGAGUCAUAUGAUCACUUGAGGCAUACCAUUUUUCAGGCUUCCUUCUAUCGGCAGCCACUGAGUUUUGAAUACUCUCAGAACCAUAGAUGA